ACUAAGUGAAAUUAUAUGACCAUUACUUUGUAAAGAAGGGUCCUAUGUUUGGGCUAAGUUAUUUCCGUUGGGUAAAUAUUAAUGACGACAAUAUAAAUAUCACAAUUAAGAACUUUUGAAAAACUUAUGCCACAAGACUUGAAAACUUAAAAAAAAAAAAGACUUGAAAACUUCAAAUGAGCCACCAAGGAUAGCUCAAGUGUUGAUGAAUAAGAUUUUGCAUUGUGUAGUUCUGAGUUCAAUUCUCAUUGCUUACUAUAUUCAGAAGAAAAAAAAAAGGAUCCAAAGUAAGAUUCAUUGUACAUUGAUUUUGAAAGUGCACAUUAUUGGAUAAGACUAAAAAUUAGAUUUUUACCCAUAAUUUUGCUACUCGCAUAUAAAAGAGAAUAAUGUAUCAAAUUAACCACAAAUUGCAUAUAUAUCAUAUACGUAUAAAAAUAAUACUAAUAGGAUUUUGUAUGACUUUGAAUAAAGACAUUGUAGAUUCUUGGGCUUUAGUGAAUUUUCACUAAAAUAUUUGAAUGCAAUUGACGUAAAUGUUCAUCCCUUAUUUCAAAUGUAUAAAUCAAAAUGAUACUAUCCAUUACAUUUGAAAUAAAAAGCUAAGAUUUAUAAUCAAAAUUACUAGCAAGAAGUGUAAAUUAUAUAUUUGUCUCAUUCUUUUAUGGUUUUAGUAUAUUACUAAUGUGAUAAAUAUAUUUAACUUGUUCAAUAUGAAUGGUAUACGACAAGUAAAAUUGUUGAAUUUUAUCUUUUAUUUCACUAAUGGGUCAGACUCUAAUCUAGUAAAAGUUUACAAUAUUUGGAAUUUUGUUUGUGUGCGUUUUUCUUCUAUUAAUUACUCUUUUUCUAGCGAAUUCUAUUAGUGUUAGUAUCAUAAUAAUACGUCGCUUUAUUAUACUAUCUUGUCACAUUUCUAAAAAUAAAAUACACACAUAUACUAUGAUAUAUAUAAAUAAUAAGCACUACUCUCCCUCUUCUCUUAUGUCUUUCCUCACUAUUUGGUCAUGUCGUUUGGACUCACCAAUGCUCCAGCAACCUUCAUGGCCUUGAUGAACCGAGUUCUUCAUGAGUACUUGGAUAAAUUUGUCAUUGUUUUCAUUGACGACAUCUUGAUAUACUCGGAGAGUCAGGAAGAACAUGAGAGGCAUUUGAGGUUGGUCUUGCAGAAGUUGAAAGAGGAGAAAUUGUAUGCCAAAUUCUCCAAGUAUGAGUUUUGGCUCGAAGAAGUCUUGUUUUUGGGACAUGUCGUCUCUGGACGAGGAGUAGAGGUUGAUCCCAAGAAGAGCGAGGCGGUGAUGAAUUGGGUUCCACCUAAGAAUGUGGCUAAGUUCGGAGUUUUCUGGAUUUAGCGAGAUACUAUCGGAGGGUUGUGCAAGGUUUCUCUAGCAUUGCCAGACCGAUGACACAACUGUUACAGAAGGGGAAGUCAAUUGGCUGGGAUGAAAAAUGUCAAGCAUCUUUCGAGCUACUGAAGGAGAAGUUUAUGUCCACACCAGUGUUGGCACUACCGACCAGUGGAUGAGAGUAUUCCAUCUAUAGUGAUGCUUCCUACCAGGGUCUGGGUUGUGUACUGAUGCAGGACAAGAAGGUGAUCGCAUAUGCUUCAAGGAAGCUACGACCUCAUGAGGUGAACUACCCCACCCAUGAUUUGGAGUUGGCCGCGGUAGUAUUCUCCUUGAAGUUGUGGAGGCAUUACCUCUAUGGGAGACUUUUACCAUUUACACGGAUCGUAAGAGUCUCCAGCACUUGACUAAUCAGAAGGAGCUGAAUAUGAGACAAAUGAGAUUGAUAGAACUUCUCAGCGACUAUGAUUGAACCAUCAAAUAUCAGCCCCCGUUAAGUUAAUGUGGUGGUCGAUGCUCUAAAUCGGAAGAGGGAAAACCCACUAUCGGAGUUGGUCUCUUUGAGAGCCAUUAAUGUGGAGUUAGAGUUGGUGGAGGCAACAAAGUUAUUGGCGACUCUAAAGAUUCGUCCCAUGUUGCAGGAACGGAUCAAGGAGAAUCAGGGUAGUGAUGUGGAAUUUUAGAAGUACCGGAAACAGGUACUAGUGGGGAAAGACACGAAGUUUGGGAUAGUGGAUGGAGUAUUGAUGUUUAAAGGAAGGCUUUGUGUACCUAAUGUCGAUAGGUUGAGGGAAGAUAUCCUGGAUGAGACCCAUUCUGCUCUUUAAACGAUGCAUCUCGGGGCAACCAAGAUGUAUCGAACACUCAAGGAACAUUAUUGGUAGCCCGCCACGAAGAAGGGGGUCGCGACUCACGUCUACCAAUGUUUGGAGUGUCAAAUGAUUAAAGUCGAGCAUCAAGUUCCACUCAUCCAACACUUACCACUAGAAAUUCCGGAGUGGACAUGGGGUAAGGUCACUAUGGAUUUCGUGUAUGGGUUGCCAAGGACCCCAAGAGGGAAUGAUGGUAAUUGGGUGAUCGUUGAUCGCUUUUCGAAGGUGGCACAUUUUAUCCCUAUCCGAUUUAAGCUGGGGAUGGAGGAGUUGGUAAGGUUGUAUGUGAAAGAGAUUGUCAGGCUACAGGGGGUGCCACUCAGUAUCAUUUUUUAUUGUGAUCCUAGCUUCACAUCGCGAUUCUUGGUUACUCUACAGAGGGCUAUGGGCACCAAGGUGUAUUUUUCCACUGCAUAUCAUACUCAGAUCGAUGGGCAAUCUGAGAGGACGAUACAGACGCUGAAUGACCUUUUUAGGGCUUGCGUUAUGACCAUGGAGGGUGCAUGGGAUGAACAUUUACCCCUGCUAGAGUUCACUUAUAACAAUCAGUAGCAUAGCUUGAUACAAGCAGCCCCAUAUGAGGUUUUGUAUGGGAGGAAGUGCCGCACUUCGUUGUAUUGGGAUGCUGAAGGAGUGAGAUAGUUAGAGGCCCCCGAGAUGAUGCAAAACGCCGCAUCAAAGAUAGAGGCAAUCCGUAAAAACUUGAAGGCAGCUCGGGAUCAACAGAAGAGUAAUGUCGAGAGGCCUGGAGUUCCCCGCCAACAUCAGGUGGGAGAUCGAGUUUUUCUGAUGGUGUCCCCUUGGAAGGGAGUGAUGCGAUUUGGCAAAAGAGGAAAACUCAGUCCUAGGUACAUUGGACCAUACGAAGUGUUGGAACGUGUGGGAACUUUGGCCUAUCGGUUAGCCUUACCCCCUAGCCUGUCAAGGUUCCACGACAUUUUAUAUGUUAGCAUGCUAAGGGCAUAUCGGUUCAACCCGGAGCAUGUGAUCAGGAGAAGGACAUCCAGUUGGAGGAUGAUUUGAUGUAAGAGGAAGUCCUAGUACAAAUCGUGGAUAGGAAGGAGAAGGAUUUUAGGAGGAAGAAGAUCGUUACAGUAAAGGUCAUAUAGAAGA